AUGAAACCCCAAGGAGCCGCUACCGCCGCCGCCGCUGCCAGCCAUGGAGCCGCCGCUGCCGCCGUCAGCGCCUCGCCUGCCCCUCCAGGCGCCCCGGGCUCGGAGGCGGCUUCUUCGGCGGAGAAAGUCGUGCACUCCCGCUCGCAGGCGCUGUUCUUCGGCGGCGGCGGCGGCGGCACGAAGGCGCUGGGCGACGCCUUCAAGCUGCUGGUGCCCAAGUCGACGGAGUUCAUGAGCUCCGACGCCGAGCUGUGGAACUUCCUGUGCAGCCUCAAGCACGAGUUCUCGCCGGUCAUCCUCCGCAGCAAGGACGUCUACGGCUACGCGUCGUGCCGAGCCUCCGUGCCGGACUUGUCCCGGGGCUUCGCGGCGGCGGCGGCGGCCACGCAGGGCAGGAGGGAGCGGCCGUGGAGGAGAGCCGCCGCCAGGGGGAGGCGCCUGCGGGUCGCCGCCGGAGGAGGCGCGAAGAGAGCGGCCAAGAAGCGCUGCAAAGAAGCCACGGAGGCGGAGAGAGCGGCGGCGGCGCCCGAGGUUUCCCGCUGCGAGGAGGAGCAGCAACGAUCGGUUCGCGACCCUCAGCGAUCGGUUCCCGGCCCGACAGCUCCGCCCUUGCCCGCGGGGACUCUUUUUGAGGGCAGGUCCCUCGAGAGCAUAUGGCGGGCGGCCACCCCCCGCAAGCUGGACUCCUUCCCCUCCGUCAAAGUGCGCGGGAGCGUGUGGAACCGGCGCAGCUUGGAGGCCACCCGGCGGAGGGCGCAGCGCCUCUUGGGGGUCGACCUGGCGCCCGUCGUGAGACUCCGCCGCUUGCCACUGGUCGGGCGAAGAGGAGCGGGCGCCCUUUGAAGGAGUCGCAAACAUGCACCGGGGAUGGGGUUGCGGAGAACCGGGAUUGUGGUGUGCGUGGUGUUUUUUUUGGGGGGGGGGGUCUCCUCGCCAGCCGCGACGUAGCGAACAAGCGAAGGGGAAGUGUGUGACAGUCACCCGUUUACAAUUACUUUGGUCCGGAUUGGGUCGUCCUUAUUCAAUGAUCUGCACUUUAGGGCGAAGUCUUGGGAGGACUGUCGCCCCUUUUCCAGCCCUCUUUCCCCAUCUGGACUGGGAGGCUGCUCGCCACACGAUCUACAGGGGAGCCUUGAUAACCUUGGGCUGAGGAGGAGGCAAGAGAUGCUGUCUGCUUUUUCCUUUCUUUCGGAGUCACUUUUUCUUUUCUUCCCAUUGGGCUACCUCACUCACGAAUUUGGCAAAGAGAUCACUUGUUGCUUCCCCCCUCCCUUUCCACAGGAACGUUCCUAUCAGUUUCAUGCCAAUUUUCCCCAAUUAAGAAGUAGCCAAUGGACUAUUAUGUAUGACUUUUGUGCAAUUGCACUAGAUGCUCAGGGUUACUUGAAUAUGCUAAGUGUUUCCAGUUUCAGAUAACGGGACUUAAGCUUUUGACCAAGGAUGCUCAAGGAAUGAAGACUUUAACAGCUCACGGCUGAUUUGAUGGUGCAAAAAUGUUUUGCUUUUAUUUUGUUUUUGUUUUGUACAUGAGUUGGACUUUGUGAUAACAAACUUUCAGUAUAAUAAUGGUUGAAUGUUUUGUAUGUAAUAAAGUUUUAUAGUUGAAAUUUAACUAGUAUUUCUAAUAGUUUCUAAAAAUGAGAAUUGUAUUGGAUACUUCAUUUUAUAUAAUCUUUACUUUAGAGAAGCUCUCAAGCUAAGUAAAAACUAAUAAAAGUGUAAAAG